GGAAGCCAUUGCGAGAGGAGUAGUGCUACGCGGUGGUUAUUUUGGUGGAAAAGUAGGAAUAUUCACGAAUCAUUUCUGGACUUAUUCUUCCUAUUAGUAGACCGAAAGUGUAGAUUUUCAAUUUUAUCCGACGGUUAAAAAGUGCGGUGUCCUUAAUAUUAUUGCAUUUUAAGUUUAAGUGAAGUUUUCUCGAAAAAAGUUAUCGAAUGCAGUGAAGUUGAUUUUUCUUUUGUCUGCAUAAUGAAUAACAACGGAUUCAGUACAGGAGAGGAGGAUUCGCGAGGCCCGGCAGAUCAAGUUUGCUGUCUUCUAGACGAUGGCGAACGUUGUCGAAACCAGGCUGGGAAUGCAUCCUUUAGCAAACGUAUCAAUAAAACAGUAACCCAGAGACGAUUGAAGCUCAGUAUCGAUUCAGCGGCUCGCCAUAUCUACAUUUGUGAUUUCCACAAAGGUCGCAUCCAAUGCGCCCGGACAAAACGUCGCCGUCGCGAUUCCGAAGACGACAGCAACGAAACAGAUACUGAUCUUCCAGAAGUAGAUCUUUAUCAAUUGCAAGUGAAUACUCUAAGGCGAUACAAACGAUUCUACAAGGUAUCCACCAGACCCGGCAUAAACAAGGCGCAGCUCUCAGAGACCAUCAUGAAACACUUCAAAACAAUUCCCAUCAAAGAAAAAGAAAUUCUCACCUACUUCAUCUACAUGGUCAAGUCAAACUCCAACAAGUUGGAUCAGAAGAAUAAUACCAGUAGUGAAGCUACAUGAAAGUGAAUGUAAAUUUAAUAUAACUACUGAUAGUACGUUUUAUCAUUGAGAUGUUUUCUCCGUUAAAAUUAAGUUGUUUUGGUUGGAGCUGUGUGUUCUACGUCUUAUCCGUACGAAAAAAUGUGCAUUUUACGCGAAAAACGUGAUCGCUACUGGUAACUAUUGGACAUAUGCGACAAUGAAAGCUACUAUGUCCCGACAA